AUGAUUGGAUUUGCAUUCUUGCAGCGAAUGAACCAGUAUGCAGCAUCAAAAGUUGACAAAAACGUCACAGAGGAAACAGUGAAGAUUCUGUUCUCAAACAUUGAAGACAUCCUUGCGGUACAUAAGGAAUUCUUAAAAGUGGUGGAAGAAUGCCUACAUCCUGAACCCAACGCUCAGCAAGAAGUGGGAACCUGCUUUCUUCAUUUUAAAGACAAGUUUCGUAUUUAUGAUGAAUAUUGUAGUAACCAUGAGAAGGCACAAAAAUUGCUUCUGGAACUGAACAAAAUUAGAACAAUCCGGACAUUUCUUUUGAACUGCAUGCUGCUUUCAGGACGGAAGAACACAGAUGUCCCCCUGGAAGGAUAUUUAGUAACUCCAAUACAGAGAAUAUGCAAGUACCCUCUCAUUUUGAAGGAGCUGCUGAAGCGGACUCCAAGGAAACACAGUGACUACGCAGCAGUGAUGGAAGCUCUCCAAGCCAUGAAAGCUGUCUGUUCCAACAUCAACGAGGCCAAGAGACAGAUGGAGAAGUUAGAAGUGUUGGAGGAAUGGCAGUCUCACAUUGAAGGCUGGGAGGGGUCCAACAUUACUGACACCUGCACUGAAAUGCUGAUGUGUGGAGUCUUACUGAAAAUUUCUUCUGGAAACAUUCAAGAACGGGUGUUUUUUCUUUUUGAUAAUCUUUUGGUGUAUUGCAAAAGAAAACACAGACGAUUGAAGAAUAGCAAGACAUCUACAGAUGGACAUCGGUACCUUUUUCGUGGCCGGAUCAAUACAGAGGUGAUGGAAGUGGAGAAUGUGGAUGAUGGUACAGCUGACUUCCAUAGCAGCGGACACAUUGUGGUUAAUGGAUGGAAGAUACAUAACACAGCAAAAAAUAAAUGGUUUGUGUGUAUGGCAAAAACACCUGAAGAGAAACACGAAUGGUUAGAAGCUAUUUUGAAAGAAAGAGAAAGACGAAAAAGUUUAAAAUUAGGAAUGGAGCAAGACACCUGGGUAAUGAUCUCUGAACAGGGUGAGAAGCUCUACAAAAUGAUGUGCAAACAAGGAAAUCUGAUCAAAGACAGAAAAAGAAAACUGACUACGUUCCCUAAAUGCUUUCUUGGAAGUGAAUUUGUGUCAUGGCUGUUGGAAAUCGGAGAGAUUCACAGGCCUGAAGAAGGUGUUCACUUGGGACAAGCAUUAUUAGAAAAUGGAAUUAUACAUCAUGUUACUGAUAAACAUCAAUUCAAACCAGAACAGAUGUUAUACAGAUUUCGCUAUGAUGAUGGAACAUUUUAUCCAAGAAAUGAGAUGCAGGAUGUGAUUUCAAAGGGUGUAAGAUUAUAUUGCCGUCUUCAUAGCUUAUUUACUCCAGUGAUAAGGUGAAUGAAAUGGGUGGUGAGGUAUCAACAAGGAGUUAUGUUUUAAAAGAUUGUUGAUUACUUGCUAAAACAGGGGGAUUGUCGCACCAGAGAAGAGGCAAUGAUAUUUGCUGUUGGACUUUGUGACAAUGGAUUUAUGCACCAUGUCCUUGAAAAAAGUGAAUUCAAAGAUGAACCUCUCCUUUUCCGUUUCUUUGCGGAUGAAGAAAUGGAAGGAUCCAAUAUGAAACAUCGACUUAUGAAACAUGAUUUAAAAGUUGUGGAAAAUGUAAUAGCUAAAUCAUUAUUGAUUAAAUCCAAUGAAGGCAGCUAUGGUUUUGGGUUAGAAGACAAAAAUAAAGUUCCAAUAAUUAAGUUGGUAGAAAAGGGGUCCAAUGCCGAGAUGGCUGGCAUGGAAGUUGGAAAAAAGAUUUUUGCUAUUAACGGUGACCUAGUUUUUAUGAGACCUUUCAAUGAAGUGGAUUGCUUCCUGAAAUCCUGCUUAAACAGCAGAAAACCUCUAAGAGUUCUUGUGAGCACAAAGCCGAGGGAGACAGUGAAAAUCCCAGAUUCAGCCGACGGACUUGGAUUCCAGAUCCGGGGGUAUGGCCCAUCAGUGGUGCAUGCGGUGGGAAGAGGAACGGUGGCCGCAGCAGCCGGCCUUCACCCUGGACAGUGUAUCAUCAAAGUCAAUGGGAUCAAUGUCAGCAAAGAGACACAUGCCAGCGUCAUUGCACACGUCACGGCCUGCAGGAAGUACAGGAGACCAACCAAGCAAGAUUCCAUACAGUGGGUUUAUAACAGCCUCGAGAGCGCCCAGGAAGACCUUCAGAAGUCUAACCCCAAACCCCCGGGAGAUGAAGCAGGGGAUUCUUUUGAUUGCAAAGUAGAAGAGGUAAUUGACAAGUUCAACACCAUGGCCAUCAUCGAUGGGAAGAAGGAGCACGUGAGUCUGACGGUGGAUAACGUGCACCUGGAAUACGGGGUCGUGUAUGAGUAUGACAGCACCGCUGGGAUCAAGUGCAAUGUGGUGGAGAAGAUGAUCGAGCCCAAAGGUUUCUUCAGCCUCACUGCCAAGAUUCUCGAAGCCUUAGCUAAAAGUGAUGAUCAUUUUGUACAAAACUGCACCAGCCUUAACUCUUUAAAUGAAGUGAUUCCUACUGAACUUCAGAGUAAAUUCAGUGCCAUCUGCAGUGAAAAAGUUGAGCACAUCUCUCAGAGAAUAUCCAAUUACAAAAAGUUUUCUCGUGUACUAAAGAACAGAGCCUGGCCCACCUUUAAACAAGCCAAAUCUAAAAUAUCCCCACUGCACAGCAGUGAUUUCUGCCCGACCAACUGCCAUGUCAACGUGAUGGAAGUUUCUUAUCCCAAAACAUCGACCUCCCUGGGGAGCGCAUUUGGUGUUCAGUUGGAUAGUAGGAAGCAUAAUGCUCAGGAUAAAGAAAACAAAUCUGAACAAGGGAAACUGAGCCCCAUGGUGUACAUUCAGCACACAAUCACAACCAUGGCGGCCCCUUCGGGCUUGUCUCUGGCACAGCAGGAUGGGCACGGGCUCCGGUAUUUGUUAAAAGAAGAAGACUUGGAAACCCAAGACAUCUAUGUGAAACUGCUGGGCAAACUCCAGGCUGCCCUGAAAGAGGUGGAGAUGUGUGUCUGUCAAAUAGAUGACCUCCUGUCUUCGAUAACAUCUUCUCCUAAGUUAGAACGGAAGACAUCCGAAUGCCUAGUGCCAACAGACAGCGACAAUGAGAAGGGGGAAAGAAAUAGCAAACGAGUCUGUUUUAAUGUGGCCGGAGAUGAGCAGGAAGAUUCAGGUCAUGACACUAUCAGCAACAGAGACUCUUACAGGUAAUCCGUUAAUUCCUCGAACUCAUUUAUUUCAUCAACAAGGUCAAAUUGCAGCUCAUAUUUUCAUAGCGAUGAAAUGGACUCAGGUGAUGAACUUCCACUAAGUGUUCGAAUUUCUCAUGAAAAACAGGAUAAGAUACAUAGUUGUCUGGAGCAUCUUUUCAGCCAGGUGGAUUCAAUUACCAAUCUCCUAAAAGGGCAAGCUGUGGUCAGAGCCUUUGAGCAAACCAAGUACCUAACCCCAGGUCGAGGAUUGCAGGAAUUUCAGCACGAAAUGGAACCAAAGCUGAGUUGUCCAAAACGGUUAAGGCUUCACAUCAAGCAAGAUCCUUGGAAUCUUCCCAGCAGCGUCCAGAGUCUUGCUCAGAACAUCAGAAAAUUUGUUGAAGAAGUCAAGUGUAGAAUACUUCUGGCACUUCUUGAGUAUUCAGACAGUGAGCCACAGCUCCGAAGGGACAUGGUUUUCUGCCAAAGUCUCGUGGCCACGGUCUGUGCCUUCUCCGAGCAGCUCAUGGCAGCCUUGAACCAGAUGUUCGACAACAGCAAGGAAAAUGAGAUGGAAACGUGGGAAGCCAGCAGGAGGUGGCUGGACCAGAUCGCCAAUGCAGGCGUUCUUUUUCACUUUCAGUCCCUUCUGUCGCCAAACUUGACAGAUGAACAGGCCAUGCUAGAAGAUACACUGGUUGCACUAUUUGAUUUGGAAAAGGUUUCUUUUUACUUUAAACCAUCAGAAGAGGUACCGCUGGUUGCAAAUGUUCCUCUUACAUAUCAAGUGGAAGGAAGCCGGCAAGCUCUGAAAGUUUACUUCUACCUUGAUAGUUAUCAUUUUGAACAACUGCCUCAACGGUUGAAAAACGGAGGAGGGUUCAAAAUUCAUCCUGUUCUUUUUUCACAAGCUCUGGAGAGCAUGGAAGGAUAUUAUUAUAGAGACAAUGUUUCAGUGGAAGAAUUUCAAGCCCAAAUAAAUGCAGCCUCCUUGGAAAAGGUCAAACAAUACAAUCAGAAGCUCAGGGCAUUUUACUUGGACAAGUCAAAUUCGCCACCCAACUCCACAUCCAAGGCUGCCUAUGUUGAUAAGCUCCUGAGGCCUCUCAAUGCCCUGGAUGAACUUUACCGCCUGGUAGCCUCGUUUAUCAGGUCCAAGCGCACGGCGGCCUGUGUGAACACGGCGUGCAGCGCCUCGGGCGUGGGGCUGCUGUCCGUGUCGUCGGAGCUGUGCAGCAGGCUGGGGGCCUGCCACGUCAUCAUGUGCAACAGCGGUGUGCACCGGUGCACCCUGAGCGUGACCGUGGAGCAGGCCAUCAUUCUGGCCAGAAGCCACGGACUGCCUCCUCGCUACAUUAUGCAGGCUACGGAUGUAAUGCGGAAGCAGGGAGCAAGAGUUCAGAACACAGCAAAGAAUUUAGGAGUGAGAGACCGGACCCCACAGGCUGCUCCCAGGUAA